AACACAAUCUCGCUUCCUGUUGUUCGCGACGUCCUCCAUGGUGUCAUUGUAGCUUUAGCUGAGGUUGAACUUCCAAUAACUAAUAAACAAUGUCUGGCUACACUCCAGACGAGAAGCUCCGUGUCGAUCAGCUCACGAAGCUCCGCAGGCAGUGGCUGAAGGACCAGGAGCUCAGCCCCAGGGAGCCUGUCGUUCAGGCUAAACCUCCCGGCCCCGUUGCCAGGUUUUGGGCAGGUUUUCUGGAACCCAAGAGCCUGUGGCGGCUUUACACGUACAAAGCCUACAAAGGUGGUGUUUUCACAUUAACACGUUUGUUGAUACCAGCUUGGGUCGUCCACUACUACGUGAAAUACCAUGUUGCACAAAGGCCCUAUGGCAUUGUGGAAUUGAAGCCCAAGCUUUUCCCGGGUGACAUGAUUCUGGAGACGGGCGAAGUUGUCCCAGACCUACCUGAAAGCCACGGUCACCAUUGAAAUGGAAAUGUACUGAGUAUUUGUUGUAAAGAACUGUGAAUAUGCCAUUAAAAAUAUUAAUAAAUCA